AUGUAUCUCGGUCCUGGAUACGGCAACUUGACUAAAUUUAUCCGCAUUGGAAUUGCGGACAAGAAUGACAACCCUCCGUAUUUCGACAAGGCGCUGUACGAGGCGGAGGUGGACGAAAAUGAGGAUAUACAGCAUACCGUCCUUACUGUUACCGCCAAAGAUCACGAUGAAUCAUCUCGUAUUCGAUACGAGAUCACGAGCGGUAACAUAGGAGGGGCGUUCGCCGUCAAAAACAUGACGGGUGCAAUCUACGUCGCCGGUGCUCUGGACUACGAAACGCGGAAACGGUACGAGCUAACUCUGGUUGCAUCAGACAGCCUUAACGAAAACCAUACGAAGGUGGUUAUCCAUGUGAGGGACGUUAACGAUUUGCCUCCAAUUUUUAACCGCUCAAUGUACGUGGAAGCUAUCGACGAAGAGUUUCCAGGACCUUAUCCGCUUCGCUUAAUGCAGGUUACCGCAACGGAUGGCGACAAAGACCGACCCCAAAAUAUUGUCUACUUUCUCACCGGCCAGGGUAUCGAUCCGGAUAAUCCAGCCAAUAGCAAAUUUGACAUUAAUAGGACGACCGGAGAAAUUUUUGUUUUAAAGACUUUGGACAGGGACCAACCCAAUGGAAGGCCGCAGUGGAGGUUCACAGUGUUUGCUCAAGACGAAGGUGGGGAGGGUUUGGUCGGUUACGCGGACGUGCAAGUGAACUUAAAGGACAUAAACGAUAACGCCCCGAUCUUUCCGCAGGGCGUUUACUUUGGUAACGUUACCGAAAACGGAACGGCCGGUAUGGUCGUGAUGACAAUGACGGCGGUCGACUACGACGAUCCGUCCGAGAGUACCAACGCGCGUUUAGUGUAUUCUAUAGAGAAGAAUGUUAUAGAGGAGGAGACGGGUUCGCCUAUUUUUGAAAUCGAGUCCGAAACGGGGGUGAUAAAAACGGCUGUGUGUUGUUUGGAUAGGGAAAGGACGCCUGAUUACUCGAUACAAGUGGUCGCAAUGGACGGGGGAGGGUUAAAGGGUACGGGGACGGCGUCGAUACGCGUUAAGGAUAUUAACGACAUGCCGCCUCAGUUUACUAAAGACGAGUGGUUUACGGAGGUCGAUGAAACUGAUGGGACUAGUCUUCCAGAAAUGCCUAUACUUACUGUAACAGUCCACGAUGAAGACGAAACGAACAAAUUCCAGUACAAAGUGAUUGAAAAUAGCGGAUAUGGUGCGGAUAAAUUUACAAUGGUGCGUAACAACGACGGUACGGGCUCUUUGAAGAUAGUGCAACCGUUAGACUAUGAAGAUCUCUUGCAAAGUAACGGGUUUAGGUUUCGUAUUCAAGUCAAUGAUAAGGGAGAGGACAACGACAAUGACAAAUACCAUGUUGCCUACUCUUGGGUUGUAGUGAAAUUAAGGGACAUUAACGACAACAAACCACAGUUUGAAAGACCAAACAUCGAGGUGUCCGUGUACGAAAACGCCGAAGUGGGCAAGAGCUUGGAGACCUUCAAAGCAACCGAUCCCGACCAAGGUGGUAAAAGCAAAGUGUCCUACGCGAUCGACAGAACUUCCGACCGUAAACGUCAAUUUUCAAUCAACCAAGAGGGAACGGUCAGCAUACAACGAUCACUCGAUAGGGAAGAAACGCCUAGACAUCAAGUCAAAAUCUUAGCAAUAGAUGACGGGGUUCCGCCAAAAACGGCAACGGCAACUUUAACCGUGAUUGUUCAGGACAUUAACGACAACGCACCCACCUUCCUUAAGGAUUAUCGACCGGUGCUUCCCGAACACGUGCCCCCAAGAAAAGUUGUUGAGAUACUGGCAACGGAUGACGACGACAGAUCCAAGAGCAACGGGCCACCUUUCCAGUUUAGAUUGGAUCCAGGCGCCGAUGAUAUAAUAAGGGCGUCAUUUAAAGUAGAGCAGGAUCAAAAGGGUGCAAACGGAGACGGUAUGGCAAUUGUUUCAUCCCUUAGGUCGUUUGAUAGGGAACAUCAAAAGGAAUACCUAAUCCCUAUCGUUAUUAAAGAUCACGGCAAUCCCGCGAUGACCGGAACAAGCACAUUAACAGUUGUAAUCGGUGACGUAAACGAUCACAAAAUGCAACCGGGAUCGAAGGAAAUAUUUGUAUAUAACUACCAAGGUCAGGGUCCCGAUACCGAAAUCGGUAGGGUGUACGUUUACGAUUUAGACGAUUGGGAUCUUCCCGACAAGAAAUUUUAUUGGGAGGGUGUCGAACAUCCGCGGUUCAAAUUGAACGAAGACACCGGCAUGAUUAUUAUGAAGCAUGGUACGAAGGACGGAAAGUAUCAUUUGAGAUUUAAGGUCUACGAUAGGAAGCACACGCAAACCGACGUACCCGCAAAUGUGACAAUCACAGUUAAAGAAAUACCCCAUGAGGCGGUCGUGAAUUCGGGCUCCGUCAGAAUUGCGGGUAUCACCGAUGAGGAUUUCAUUAGAAUUUGGAAUUACAAAACGCAAAGCUUAUCAAAGAGCAAAGCUGAGAAAUUCAAGGAUAAAAUCGCCGAUUUACUGAAUACGGAUCGGGACAACGUUGACGUGUUCAGUAUUCAGUUGAGAAGGAAGCAUCCACCAGUGACUGAUGUUAGGUUCUCUGCCCAUGAAAAGUUGUACUAUAAACCCGUCAGAUUGAACGGAUUAGUCUUAAUGCAUAGGGAAGAGAUAGAAAAGGACGUUGGAGUAAAUAUAACAAUGGUCGGAAUAGACGAGUGUCUGUACGAAAAUCAAAUGUGUGAAGGAUCUUGUACAAAUACUUUAGAUAUUAGUGCCUUGCCUUAUAUGGUGAACGCGAAUAAAACCGCGUUGGUGGGAGUUCGCGUUGAUGUUUUAGCUGAAUGUACUUGUGGGGCUAGAAACUUUAGUAAAGAGGAAAAUUGUAGAAAUAAUCCGUGUUACAAUGGUGGUCGGUGCAUAGAAACGCGUUAUUCUUUGAGUUGCUCGUGUCCAGUGGCGUACAACGGCCCAAGGUGUCAGCAAACCUCGCGUAGUUUUCGAGGAAACGGCUGGGCGUGGUACCCCGCCCUUGAAAUGUGCGAUAGAUCACAUCUCAGUUUCGAAUUUAUUACCCGAAAAUCCGACGGCCUUCUCCUUUACAACGGUCCCAUAGUUCCCCCAGAAAUGGAAGAAACGAUGGUCUCCGACUACAUUGCCGUGGAACUCGAACGUGGGUUUCCUAGAUUGUUGAUGGAUUUCGGUUCGGGAACUCUAGAAUUGCGAGUCAAAACGAAGAAGAGUCUUGACGAUGGGGAAUGGCACAGGCUAGAUAUCUUUUGGGACACGGAAAAUGUGCGAAUGGUGGUUGACUACUGUAAAUCGGCGGAAAUCGCCGAGUUAGAAGAUGGUACCCCGCCAGAAUUCGACGACAGCAGCUGCCAAGCUCAAGGUACCAUCCCACCGUUCAACGAAUAUCUUAACGUGAACUCUCCCUUGCAACUUGGUGGUCUGUACGUCGAACAAUUCGACCCCACCCACUACCACUGGCAGUACAUGCCAGUGGGGAAAGGUUUCGACGGAUGCAUUCGGAAUUUAUUCCACAAUUCCAAACUGUACGACCUAGCUCAUCCCGGUCUGUCAAGAAAUAGCGUGGCGGGUUGUCCCCAAACUGAAGAAGUUUGUGGGCGUUCCGAAGCAACCGCGCGCUGCUGGGAGCACGGCACUUGCAUGGGCAGUUUUCAGGAGGCCAAAUGCCAUUGUCGUCCGGGAUGGACUGGACCUUCUUGUACCAUAGCUACGAUACCUACGACCUUCAAACCGCAAUCUUAUGUGAAGUACGCGCUGAGCUUCGAACCUGAUCGGUUUUCCACGCAAAUACAGCUGAGGUUUCGUACCCGCGAAGAAUACGGGGAGUUAUUCCGAGUUGCGGAUCAACACAACCGGGAGUACGGCAUUUUAGAAAUCAAAGAUUCCCGAUUACACUUCAGAUACAAUCUGAACUCGCUACGAACCGAAGAGAAAGAUUUGUGGUUGAACGCCGUUGCGGUAGACGACGGACAGUGGCAUGUCGCUAGAGUGAGCAGGUACGGAUCCGCAGCUAUUCUAGAGCUGGAUAGCGGAGAAGGCAGACGAUACAACGAAACCUUUAACUUUGUCGGCCACCAGUGGCUGCUUGUUGACAAGCAGGAAGGCGUUUAUUCCGGCGGGAAAGCUGAAUACACCGGCGUUCGUACCUUUGAAGUAUACGCCGAUUAUUCUAAAGGUUGUUUGGAUGACAUACGAUUAGAAGGCAAACAUCUUCCACUGCCGCCUGCUAUGAAUGGGACACAAUGGGGCCAAGCUACCAUGGCCAGAAAUUUGGAAAGGAAUUGUCCAUCGAAUAAACCUUGCGCGAACGUCAUUUGUCCGGAACCUUUCGAGUGCGUCGACCUUUGGAACGAUUACGAAUGCACCUGCGGAGAGGGGCGCAUCAUGUCACCUGACAGUAAGGAUUGUAUGGACAAGGACGAGUGUUUAGAUUUACCUUGUUUGAAUGGUGGCACAUGCAUCAAUCAGGAGCCACGGUUACGAUAUCGCUGCAUUUGUCCUGACGGCUUUUGGGGCGAAAACUGUGAGCUCAUCCAAGAAGGACAAACACUCAAACUCAGCAUGGGUGCUCUUGCUGCCAUCCUCGUCUGCUUGCUCAUCAUCCUCAUCUUAGUAUUAGUAUUUGUGGUGUAUAACAGAAGAAGAGAAGCGCACAUCAAGUAUCCUGGACCGGAUGACGACGUUCGAGAGAACAUCAUCAACUACGACGACGAAGGUGGCGGAGAAGACGACAUGACCGCUUUUGACAUUACUCCUUUACAAAUUCCUAUUGGCGGACCUCUUCCAGAAUAUGUACCUCCUAAACUAGCUUAUCCGCCAAUGCUUGGAGUAGGACAAGAACCCAACGUAGGAAUAUUCAUAGAAGAACAUAAGAAAAGGGCAGACAGCGAUCCAAAUGCACCGCCCUUUGACGACUUACGGAAUUACGCGUACGAAGGGGGCGGUAGUACGGCAGGUUCAUUAAGCUCUCUUGCCUCAGGAACCGACGACGAAGCGCACGAGUACGAUUACUUGGGCGCCUGGGGUCCACGAUUUGACAAAUUGGCGGAUAUGUACGGACCAGGUGAAGAGACUGAGCAUGAAGAGGAAUGAAGCCGUUUUUCCAACUAAAACUUUUCACGUGCUAAUACGUGACUUACAAGACUGUUGGCAGUAAUUGCACUGUCACAAUUAAUUUAGAGAAGGUAUCAGCGAAGUUUCCUCGAGCCUAUAUUCAUCUAAAUUCACUGCCAUGCCUUUUAACAUUCACCACAAUACUUUAUUCUUUAGUCUAAGCAUUUCUAAAUUUGGCAAAUUACUGCUGCGUUUUAAUUUAUGGGAAACUUCUACGAUCACCGUGGCAUUGCAAAUUGAAUUAUGCACACGAAAACCAUUUUUCAUGUAUUGUUAAAGCCAGUAUUCCUAUGAGCAAUGUAGGUCAUAGCCAGUCACUACAUUCUAGGUCAAAUUACGGUAUAGAGUAGAUAAAAUUAUGAGUGUGAAGUGCGCAUGCGCGGAUAAAUGUGAACUUUAAUAAUUGUAAAUACAAUUCGUACCUGUGCUGUAUUGAUAAAUGCAGUACGACGCCUAACCUGUUGCCAUAUUGAAUGGGACUCUUUUUUAUAAGUUGACAGUUCAUCUAGAGAUUUCAGUGUUUGUAGGUAUGUAUAUAGUUUUGUAUGUGUGCGAGUGUGAAGACUGUAAUAAAAUGGAGAGCCAGUGCCAAUUACUCGUAACUUAUAAAUGUAAUAAUAAUUCUUGAAUGCUGUGUAAUAAUAUAUUAUGUGUUUGCACUUGUGGAUUAUUUAAAAAUGUAUACUUAAUAUUUAUAUUAUUAGCACUUAGCACCACUGUAACACCUACAAGUGAUCCAUUUGUCCAUAAUUCAUUUAUCAUUCAUUUGUUAAGUUCGAGUGUUUUCUAGUGAUGAUGAUGUUACAAUUUGUUGAGAGUAUCAUAAUUAUUAUAUGUAGAACGUCAUCAAUGUCUUAAUUUGUACAAGAUUUUUUUAUUUUGUGGAAUUUUAUUAAAUAUAGAAUUUUAAUGUAUAACUUCAGCAUAUCCGAAGAUCUAUAUGCAAAGUAACUCUAUGGAAUUCAUAUUUCAUGUAAGAGAAUGC